CCUCAAUGGUUUCUGCUCCCAGACCAAUUUGGCGGUGGGCUCAGUUCAUUGUAGAGUCUCAUAUUCUUCCUCCUUUAAGGCAUCGUUCUACCUCUUUGAUCUGAAUAGAAAUUCUUACAGAACGCAAGAGUCCAACUUUUGCGGGGCGACAUGGACAUGAAAAAGAGGAUUCAUUUGGAGCUGAGGAACAGGACACCAUCUGAUGUACGAGAACUUGUCCUGGACAACUGCAGAUCAAAUGAAGGGAAAAUUGAAGGCCUCACAGUAGAAUUUGUUAAUCUUGAAUUUCUAAGUUUGAUAAAUGUUGGUCUACUUUCAGUUUCCAACCUUCCUAAACUUGGAAAACUUAAAAAGUUGGAACUCAGUGACAACAGAAUCUCUGGUGGCCUUGAUAUUUUAGCUGAAAAACUGUCCAAUCUCACACAUCUAAAUCUGAGUGGAAACAAACUGAAAGACAUCAGUACACUGGAACCCUUGAAAAAACUUGAUAAUUUGAAGAGUCUUGACCUUUUCAAUUGUGAAGUCACAAAUUUGAAUGACUACCGGGAAAGUGUCUUCAAGCUUCUUCCACAACUUGCAUACCUGGAUGGCUAUGAUAUGGAUGACCAAGAAGCAUCAGACUCUGAUGGGGAAGCUGAUGGAGUUGAUGAUGAUGAUGAUGAUGAUGAUGAGGAGGAUGAGGAUUGUGAGGAGGAGGAGGAAGAAGAAGAAGAUGAUGAUGAUGAUGAUGUUGAAGGAGAGGAGGAUGAAGAGGAUGCCAGUGGAGAGGAUGAGGAGGAAGACUUUGGCCAGGAUGGAGAGGUAGAUGAGGAUGAUGAUGAAGAAGAGCAAGGAGGAAAGGGUGAGAAGAGAAAACGAGAAGCAGAAGAUGAUGAUGAUGAGGAGGAUGAUGAUUAAAAGCCAAUAAACCACCCUUGUUACUCAUUCCCUCCCCCUCCGUUUCAAAAACUUGGCAAUCCAAUCAAACUUACUACCCCUCCAUAACUCCUCCUUUACCCGUGCACAUCUCACUGUGGGGGCAAGACUUUACCAAAUGGGUGGAGCUGUUCAUAUGGAGCCUACAAUUUGAAUGAGAACUUUCUGAAUUGUUGGCUUACUCAGCAUUCCACAAUUUCAAUGUCAACCCCCUGCCUGUUUGUGUUUCAAAACCUGUGAAGACUUUGGGGGACAGGUAUUUAGUUUUGAGUCUGUGCUUUUAAUAUUUUGUUGAAUUAUUAUUUUUAUCUUUUUGCACCCCUUUUUAUUUUGUAUUUAAAAAAUUCCCAAUAAGAUUGCUAUAGCAGCUGUGUAACAAGCUAGCCAUAAUUUUUGUGUGGCAGCUUGUUUCGCAAAUCAAGGUUGUAGCUACAUUUUUACUUUGUGUAAGACGAAAACAAACUUUGUAAAUAAAAUAACAUUUUGUGCUUUACUUGUUCUCCUAUGUAUCUGUAUUUUGUCUCAACAAUCAGUGUAAGACAGAAAAAGAGAAUGGCUUUAUGGCCAACUAAGUACUUUCAUAAAGUGCAAAAUUUUGGCCCAGAAUCAUAAAGCAGGAGUGAAGAUUGUAUGAUUGCUAUAACUCAUGUACACUAACAUUCAAAAGUUUGGAAUCACACUUUUUUUUUUAAUUUUUAAGAAAAAUAUAUUUCACCAAGGAUAGAACUUAAAACUUCCUUCCCAGUCUAAAAAGAGCAUUUAUAGUUGCCACCCUGCUGAAACUUCUCAUUUUGAAAUCUGUCUGUUCUUGACGCCACAAAGCAUUGCUUUAAAACACUCGGACCCUAUCAAAAACACAAGUAAAUAGUUUCAUUCAUACAUUUUUCAAAUGUCAUGGCUGUAUGAUGGUUUAUGGUACAGAGCGUUUACAGCUGUGCUUGAGAUCAACAGUUUAAUAUAUUCGGAUGCGAUGUGUAAACCCUGUUUUUCCUGUUCUAUAAUGUUGAGUGGCAUGUUUAUUCUCUUCCAAUUGCGUUUGCUGAAUUUGAGGGGCUGCAUGAUGAUAUAACAGUGGGCGUUUAUGUUGAAGUUGCUUGCAACAAUGAAACCUCUGGCAUUCUAGCAAUCAGUUUAGGAUAUUCUGGUUAAAUUUAACCUAAUGUUAUCUGUAGCACAAAUGUAAUUGGAUUGUAGAACAUUUGUUACUGAUUUUACUAUUACAAUUUUCUAACAGCUCAUUUCUAACUAUUUACAAUCCAAUCUUUUAAAUUAUUUUGCUCAUACACUUGUUUGCCAUCGUCUGCAAUUGCCAAAAUCUUGUAUAAAUACCUUGCAAAUAAACAAAGCAUAAUAUAAAACUAUGACAGGAUGUUUUUAAUUUAUUGAACUUUAUUUUUACAAUUUUAUAAAAAUGUCUUAGCCUUUUAAAUAGGCUAAAAUAU